AUGAACGUGGGCGACCUCAACAAGGUAUGGGAGAUCAGAGCUCUGAAGAGGAAACCCGCGGCAGAAGAAGCGACGAAGAUGUUGGAGAAGAUCGCUAAACAGGUCCAACCCAUCAUGCGUAAACACAAAUGGAGGGUCAAGCUCCUCUCCGAGUUUUGCCCUGGAAAUCCAUCUCUCCUGGGUUUGAACGUUGGAGCUGGUAUACAUGUGAAGUUACGGCUACGUAGGCCGAACAGGGAUUUGGACUUUUAUCCGUUUAAUCAAGUUCUUGAUACGAUGCUUCACGAGCUUUGCCAUAAUGCCCAUGGCCCUCAUAAUGCCAACUUCUACAAGCUUUGGGAUGAGCUUAGAAAGGAAUGUGAAGAGUUGAUGACUAAGGGAAUAACUGGCGCAGGAGAGGGGUUUGACCUUCCAGGAAGGCGUUUAGGUGGUUAUUCCCGACAACCUCCACUUCCAUCCCUCCGUAAAACUGCACUGGAAGCUGCAGAAAAGAGAGCACGAUUGGGAUCUCUUCUUCCAUCUGGACCUAAACGUGUAGGUGGUGAUAGUGUUAUAAUGAAAGCCCUUAGUCCAGUACAAGCUGCUGCAAUGGCUGCAGAGCAGAGAUUACAGGAUGAUAUAUGGUGUGGUUCUCAAUCUUCUGAACAUUUGGGUCACGAAGAUGUUGACUAUGAAGAUGAUGAGAACAUUGUGCAUAAGGGGAAAAAUGUGGGAACCUCAAGACUAACAGACGAUGCUGCUCUACCAUCGAAGCUGUUAUCUCAAAAAAGAAGUCAGGAUACCGAUUCAAGUUUACCUGUUGGCUCCUCACCUAGUACUUCUGAGUUUAUAGAUUUGACAAUGGAUACACCAAAAACUGGAUCUAAACGAAGAUGCUGUGGAUCAGAAAACAUUUCACAUUCUCAAUCCAAUUCUCAGGCAGGACCUAGUUUGGGAAAUUUAUCAAGUGUGUCUGUAUCUGGUGAUAAUAGAACAUUUCAUUCUGAAGAAUCUGGAAUGUGGGAGUGUACGAUGUGCACUCUAUUGAAUAAAAGAUUGGCUCCCAUAUGUGAGUUGUGUGGCACUCACCAGCCAAAAGAUGUUACUACCAAAUACAACACUUGGUCUUGCAAAUUCUGUACGUUGGAGAACAAUGUGAAGUUGGAGAAGUGCUCGGCCUGUGAUAGGUGGAGAUACUCUCAUGGCCCACCAGUGUCAACCCUGGCACCUAAUGUUGGUACAUAG